AUGUCCAAUCUAAUUCACCGUGUUUUCAGCAAUUAUAGCUUUGAUGGGCAAUUCUUAGACAAGGAGGGUUGUAAGCUGUUGUUUAUUGAGCUUUAUGGGAGGAAACCAAACAAGGAAGAGAUGCAAUUGCUUACAUCGUCUUUUGAUGUAAAUUCCAAGGGAGAGCAUGUCGGUGUAACAUUUAAUGGUAUUCUUUCUUCCAUUCAGUUGUUCCAAAGAAAUUUCGCAAAGAAUGCUUUACAUAAUGAAGAACAGAAACGGUUAUCAUUUGAUUGCCUUGAUCUUAAUUCGAAGGAUUUUGUAAUGAUGGAUGAUUUAUACCAGUUGUCAAAUAGACAUAUACCAGCUUUACCGACUGCUUUGUUCCGCGUCGUAUUUAGGGAAUUUGAUGAAGACUGUGAUAAGCGGGUUUCAUAUGAAGAUUAUCGGGUUGCUGCAGGAUUGGGUUCAGGAUGA